CUUGCAAGGCAGUUCCAAAAGUAUACGUGCAUUGCUAAACUUAGUAGACAAUGCUGGCUUAUAACGGUUACUCCUUCACCGAAAACCAGCUUUCUAUAGGCAGGCUUAACCUAAACGAGGUGGACCCGGUUACUUUUUAUACGGACUAUGUAUCUAAGAGAAAGCCCUGUAUCAUCAGUUCAAUUCCUUUGGAAAUUGAGAGAUAUGUCCAGCAUUGGAAUAAUGAAUACAUGAUGAAAAAGGCUGGAAAAUGUCUGGUAGAAGUUGAAUACACUUCUUUUUCCCACAAUGGAAUUAAUAAGAAAAAUGUUAACUUUGGUUUAGGUAAGAAAAAGAAAAUGCUUUUUUCUGACUUUUUAUCGGAAGUUGAGAGAGGCAAUAAAUUUCUUUAUUUAACUCCUCAGCAUGCUGAAGAAAGCAUCGCCUACGACGAAACGCAUAAGCAUCUGCGCUUGUCAGCUUAUUCUCCACCUUUAUCAUUACUUUUGGGCGGAGCACAACCUUUUCCUAGUCUUUUAGGGAAUUUGCUUCUUCAUCAAGUAAAUUUAUGGAUGGGAUGCAGCCCUGAGGGCUCUAAUUCAGGCCUCCAUCACGACUAUCACGAUAAUUUGUACAUUUUGCUGGAUGGCAGAAAGGAAUUUACUCUUGCCAGUCCUCUCGACAUUCCUCAUGUCUAUACACAAGGCAAAUUAAAAAAGAUUUUUAAGAACGGAAGAAUUUUAUACGAAGGGAUGAGUGACGUUACUGAAUAUGGUCUCGAAAAGAGCAUUGUAAUAUUGGAAAAGCAAACAGAAAUUAAGUAUCAACUUAAGGAAAUUGAAAAUCUUUAUGAGUGCGCAACAAGUGAAACUGAAAAGGAGCAGUUAGACUGCUUGAUUGAAGAAAAGUUGGAUUUAUUACUUCAACUUCAAACAAAGAAAAAACAAAAAGGAUUAACAAGUGAAAAAAUAUCUUCUCAGUUAAACAAAAAACUUCCCGAAAAUUUCUCGCGCGUCCAAGCGAUUUCUAAAGUGGCCGAAAAGGAAUUUCCUUUGCUUUCUAAAAUUAAAUUUUUGAAAGUUUUGGUUAACAAAAACGAGAUGCUCUACUUACCAGCUGGCUGGAUUCACAACGUAAAAUCUUUUGGAAAACGUCACACUGCAAUAAAUUAUUGGUGCUAUCCGCCUGACGGAGAUUCCUUCCCACAGCCUUACUCCGAUGACGUUCUUAUAAAAUACUGCAAAAGAAAAGGAAGUUGACAAUAAAAAAACUCUUAGCUU